AGGCAGGUGACUUGCUUCAGCCACAGAUCAAAAAGCCGAUUAUCCCCAAUGUCUGAUGACAUAGGGACCGGUGGGAGUUGUUUGGAGCAAAUCUCUUAUCUUUCUUGAUGUCCGUUUUAAGCUGUUAAGCUUUUUUGGUGCAGUAUUUGUCUUUAGAGUAUAGUUCUAAAAGGCUUGAUAUCUAGGGCUCAAAUGCUCACACUUUACUGGGCUUUGUCGGAACACGUGUCACCAUGUUCUGACUGCUGUGUCACCAGAUGACCCUCCAAACAGCCUCAAACAACUCCCAACAGUCCACCACUAGGAUCACUGAAAUCACCUCAGAAUCACAAAAACUGUCCUUAAAGUGAAAGUUUAGGAAAUUAGAAUGAGCACCUUUGAGUAAUAUUACAAAUACAUUUACUUUGCUUUUCUUUACCGUGUUUAUCUUUACUUACCACUGAUAACCAGACAGCCAAAUUAAAUAAUUAGUCCCUCGGCGCUAACAUUGGACAAUGAUGGCUUUGUGGCUGGCCGGUCCUACAUGACUGAAUGAGCUCUGUGGUCUUUUCCAAGGGGCUUCUAUAACUGAAUAAAUGUACACUAGUCUUGAUUAGUAGAAUAAGCUACUACUCUCUAGCUCUAUUUAACUCCCAGUCUGACAUCAUGAAUAGACUUGAGAUGAGAGGCACUGGCUUGGGCUUGUCAGACUUGACCCAGGGAAUUAUACACAGGCACAGGAACACACACACCCACACACGCACAGGUCCAUCUGUUCCCAGGGGGAUUUGAAUCAGGGGAUGAACCCAGAUGUUGAUGACUAUAUAAAUACACAGUAGGCCCCCAGUCAGAUGUGUAACUGUAUCCUGUGUGUGUGUGUGUGUGGGGGGGGGGUGUAUGCGUGCGUGCGUGCGUGCGUGUGUGCAUGUGUGCCUGUGUGUUGGCAGAUCGUUGGAGAACAGCUGUGUGAUGCUGUGGCUGCUGGUCCUUGUCCUGCCCGGGGUAGCAUGCAGUGCCCUGACCCAGAACCUUCUACAGCCAGACAAUGACCACAGAGAUGGUGCUGUUGCCGUGACGACCCGGCCCCACAUCUACUACUGCCGCUCGCCCAACAUGGAGGUCUUCACCUGCUGGUGGCAUCCCCUUGACAACAACUCCGAGAGUGACGACAACAUCACCUACAGCCUCACCUACUCCUUAGAAAAGGGGCCGAGGCGUGAGUGUCCAGACUAUGUAACGGGCGGCCCCAACAGUUGUCACUUUGACAGCGGCCACACGUCAAUCUGGACCAUAUACUGCAUGAACGUGAUGGCCAGGACCUCCCACGGAGUGUUCAGCUCCAAGGACCACUGUCUGGACGUGGCUGAUAUAGUGGAGACAGAGGCUCCGGUUAACUUGACCUACACCCUGUUGAACGAGACGGAGGAGGAAGCUGGCCGCACCGCCAUGGUGUCCUGGGUUUACCCCAAUCCCUCCCACAUCCAGUACGGUUGGAUCACCCUGGUCUUCGAGCUGCAGUACCGACGCAUCGCCGAGCCCAACAACUGGAAGGUGAAGGGCUUGCUGAGAGAGCCUUGGCUGGAGCUGCUGGAUCUGCCGGUAGGAGAGUAUAUUGUCAGGGUGAGAUGCCGUUCCCGCAACAACGGCAUCUGGAGCAAGUGGAGCACCCCUGUCCUACUCUGCGUCCCAGUCAAAUCUACCCCCGAUAAGCUGCUGGCUCUGCUUUUGGUGACCGGUGUUGGGGUCAUGUUCUUGCUAGUCAUCGGCUUUGGAUUUAUCCUACAGGGCAAGAGGAUAAAAGCAUUCCUUCUGCCUCCAAUUCCCAAACCACGCAUCAGAGGCAUCAAUCCCCUGCUUCUGAAGAAAGGGGGCUUUGAUGAGAUCAACCGUCAUUUCAUCUCCUUCCAUGGCUAUAAGCCCCCAAGCUACAGCGAGGAGGAGGUCUGGGACUCUGUCAGCAUGGACGACAACCAGUCUCUCCAGGCUCCCCCGGGGGCCCUAGCAGUCUGGAAGGAGGAUUAUGAUAUGGCCAUCCACAGCCAACUACUGGUCCAGACAACCUCCAGCCACGCCCCUUAUACACCAGUCCCCGCCUCUUACACCCCAGUCCCCGCCCCUUACUGCCAGGCUCCAGUGGAAGCCUUCCCGACCCCGUGGGAAUGGCCAAGAGCAAACCCCGACCAGCCGGAGCUUCUGGCCUUCCCGGGCACUGACUACAGCAUGAUGGUGGAUCCCACCCCCGUCCCGCCUACGGACCAGCAGGCCCCGCCCCCAUCAUCCACCCAUGACUUCUACACGUGCGUGAACGUGCUGGGUGACAACGGACAAGUGCAUCUGGUGCCCUGCCUGCCCAACCACCUGAAACACAGCCCCUACGUACAGCUAGAGGAGGAGCUAGAGGAAGGAGGGCUGGAGAAGAGCAGCCAGUUAGAUGACUACUUGGCUAAGAAGAUAGAGGCAGUAGCCAACGGGAGUGCUCCGGGAGAGACAGUGGUAGAGACAGAGGUGGAGACAGAGAGUGUGGAGCAGAGUGAAGUGGCUGUGCCUUUACUGCCUGGAACCACUGGCACACAGGGCAACAUGGUGUGACCAGUUAGCACACAUACUCACACACACACACUCACACUCACACUCAUACACACACACACACACACACACACACACACACACACA